CUCUUUUCUAUCUUUCUGUUCCUUCUCCAGUGUGGGGGAAUCUGGACCUCGGCAUGUUUUACACACGCCACAAGUGCCGUCGGCUUCUGCAACCGUUUGGCUUGAAGCCUUUCCACGGCUAAACACGAGACACUUCUGACUCUCAUUUGCCUUUUCUUUUUCCCCUUCUUAUUUUUCUUUUGGACCGGUCCACGACUUGCACAUUUCAACAUCUUCUUCUUCUUCUUCCUCCCUCUGUUACGGCCUAUACCCACAUUGAACUUUCUCUCUUCAAGGAGACGGAAUAAGACGCCCAUCACCUGCGAUAAUACUCAAUUACCGAAGCCGAUAAGCGUGCCGCGUACUGCUGCUUUUGCCCCGGACCAUCUCUUUCUCUCUCUCCUACACCAACGACAAAACACCUCCAAAAUGGUCGCCGACACCCUCGUCUACCACCCCUCGGUGGCUCACUACCUCCGCUUCGUCGCCACCACCGUCGGCCGCGACAAGAUCCUCCGCACGCUCCAGUACUUCGCCCGCUUCUACGCCUGGUACCUGCUGCGCACCAACGGCACCCCGUCCCAGAUGGCCCCCUGGAACGCCAUCAAGAAGCAGUUCGGCCUCGCCCGCAAGAUCAUGCGCGUCGGCAAGAACCUCGAGCACGUCAAAGCCGCCGCCCAGGCCGCCGACGCAAAGACGCUCGAGCCCUUCCUGCGCUACGCCGCCAUCGGCCGCCAGAUCGGAUACGCGGGAUACCUGUCCUUCGACAUGCUGACCGUCGGCGACGCGGCCGGCAUUCGCAAGUGGUCCGCCGCCAAGACGCUGACGCAGCAUGCCUUUCGCUUCUGGGCCAUGGGUCUGGUCUUCAGCGUGGCGGCGCAGCUCUAUACGCUGUUUAAGCUGAAGGAGCGCGAGGCCAAGAUUGACCGAAAGGACGGCGAGGGCGUCGUUGAAAGCAAGCGCAUCUUGAAGGAACGAUUCGCCAGCCGCCUCCAGCUCGUCUCCGACGUCUGCGACUUGACCGUCCCCCUCUCCGCCCUCAACUGGGUCGGCUUCGACGACGGCUUCGUCGGCCUGGCCGGAACUGUCAGCAGUGUGAUCGGCGUCUACUCCCAGUGGAAGAAGACUGCUGCCUAAGACUUGGGCAUAACAAGUUACAAAAUACCUUUCCGAGAAAAAGGAACAAAUUGAGAGAGAGAAAAAAACAACAACAUGUUUGAUACACACACACACACACACACACACACUUACACUUAUCAGCUCCAGCAAACACCUCGUCAAAUUCUUUUUCUUUUUUUCUUUUCUUUUUUUCUUUUUGGAAAUGAGCGAAAUAUUUCCUUGAGCUGGUGGAUAUAUAUGUAUAUGUAUGAGCCAAGAGGAUGGUUUGUGUAUACUACUAACAGCGACUACUUCCUUCUCAUGUUGUAAUGGUCGUCAACGCAACUGUUGCGCUGCUUGCAACAGGCAGUUCUUCUAAUGCCAUAUUGGUCAUGUCGAUGAUACUUAUUGUGGAUCGCUUCAUUUUUUUACUGUUUGAAUAGCACGUCGUAUAUGAAUUGAGAACGGUUUGAUGCAAAGAUAUGUUAUAUAACUAGGAG